AUGCUCGGGUGCCCUGCCCUGCUGUCCCCUUCACUGCCUUGCCCGCUUGGCAGGCUCUGCUCUGCUUCAGCAUCAGCAAUCGUGCAAAAGAUUUGCAGCAAGCGCGGUUUGACGACGACCAAGCGAACACCACCUUUUGAUCGUAACAAUUGCCCCAAUGAGCAGCAGACAGCCGCGGCGCUCAAGGCGUCCCCCUGCCGAAACGCCAUUGGUGCUGCCGUUCAGCCGCACAGGACCAGCAGAGAAGAGGCUUGGGACUGGUCCCCUGAAGAGGAGACCAAGCUGACCACUAGAGCGCGAAUCACCGCCAUCGUCGACCGAGAGGAGAAAGAGUGCCAAUGCAUGCGGGACAUGGUCAGGAUGCGACCCAGGUCGAUACCCGUCGCUAAAGCACAGCUGCACCUUGCCAGGCACCUGUAUGCUGCCCGUAAGCGGCGCACACGCGUGGCACAGGCGGACUCGUCGACAGAUGCCCAGACGCAGAGCUGCCGACGUACCGAGCAUGGCCUCGAGGAGCUGGAUGCCGAGCUCCAAUGGGGGGUGCAAAUGUCCAGCAGCCCGGAGCUCGACGGGUCGACCCAGAGAGACAACGCCAACGGCUGUGUCGCUUCCACGUAUCAGCUUCAUCAACACCCACCACAAUCAUCGCACGACUUCCCCAUCGCGACAAGCUCCCACCGGCUCCCACCGGCUCCCGGGUGGAAGCACACAAAAGGGUCCCGAAAGCCGGGACGCAGCUCCACCGAGAUCGUCGUCGUUCUUCAUCGGAAUCUGAUGGUGGAGUCUGGUGGACGAGAUCUGUCCGCUUUUGACGUUCGAUACGGCGCGUAUCCGCCCAGGAAACGGGACCAGACUGCUCUUAUCUGA